UUCAUUUCAUAUUUUCAUAAUGGCUGAGAUUAUAGGGAAGUUUAGUAGUAAUUACUGUAAAUUUUCACCUUAUAAUAAUAAUAAUAAUAAUAAUGGUAAUGGUAACUUAUCAUGUUACAUGUUAAAGAAGAAAGUUUUACCGGUGAUGAUGAUAAAGAUGCCUGUUAUAAGAGCUUCUAAGUUGACAAGAAGUGACAGUGAAAUGUUUGGCCGGAGAUUGAAUGUUGUUGGAGGUCAAACAAGAAGUCAACGUAUACAAGCUGUUUCUAGCGUUAAGAUGGGUAUUGGCAUUGGGAAACCUGUAAGAUGGUGGGAGAAAGAUCUUAAACCAAACAUGAAGGAGAUAACUAGUGCGGAGGACCUAGUCGACUCUCUGUUGACUGCGGGAGAUAAGUUGGUCAUUGUUGAUUUCUUUUCGCCUGGUUGUGGAGGCUGCCGAGCUCUUCAUCCCAAGAUAUGUCAAAUGGCAGAGAUGAAUCCGAAUGUACAGUUCUUACACAUAAACUAUGAGGAGCACAAGUCUAUGUGUUAUAGUCUCAAUGUUCAUGUUCUUCCUUUUUUCCGUUUCUACAGAGGUGCCCAAGGUCGUCUUUGUAGCUUUAGCUGUACCAAUGCAACGAUCAAGAAGUUCAAAGAGGCCUUAGCAAAGCACGCACCUGACCGAAGUAGCUUAGGCCCACCGAAAGGGCUCGAGGAGAAAGAACUCUUGGCACUUGGUUCUAAUAAGGAUCUCUCUUUCACUUACGCUCCAAAUCCAAAUCAAACACAAAAGAUAGCACCUGCACCCGCACACGAAUCAGUCCCUCAACCAAGUCUCCCUCUUCCUCGUCCUCUUAAGAAGCCAGUCUCUGCAGCAUAAGAAGAUAAAGAUAGAACCUUAGUUUCUUCUGGGCAGUAAACCUAUGAUUCCGAUAUGUUUCAAAAGUGUUGUGUAGAUAGUAAGAAGCCUUUCUACCCAGUGUUUUUUCUUUUUUUGGUAGAAAGAAGAGAUCGCGUAUUUCUACUUGUGUCUAAUAUGCUUGUAAAAUAUAUAUAUAGUGUAUACUGUAUAGUAAAUUAGCCAACUAAUGAUUGGCAAUUGCAGAGGUUUUGUUCCUCAUAGCUGUAGAUAGUCACUUGGUUUUGUAAGAUGUGAGCUAUUCGCUCUAUACUAGGUUUGUUAAAGCACUCGAUUGUAAGAAUUUAUGUUGCGUGAGUAGUUGAAUAGCAAAGAAUAUUCGAGAUUUUGUAUAAAAUUUAGGAUGCAAA